UGGCAAAACCGGCUACGCCCCCGCUUUCAAAAGAAGUCUGCGCAUAGAGCCACACACGACACCAUUUAGCUCUGAACUAUCAUCAACAAGGAGCUGUGAGAAUCGACUCAUAGACAAUUCUUUCGUGAAAAUGUCUGCCGGCGCAACAGGAGACACUUUGUGCUUCUUUGUCAACGGAAAAAAGGUGACGGAGAAACAUGUUGAUCCUGAAACGACGCUACUGUCCUUCCUCAGAGAAAAGCUGAGGUUAACUGGAACCAAAUACGGUUGCGGUGGAGGAGGCUGCGGGGCCUGCACUGUGAUGGUCUCACGCUAUCGACCUGCAAACAAAAGCAUUUGUCAUUACUCUGUCAAUGCCUGCCUGCUUCCACUCUGCCAGCUUCACGGAGCCGCCAUCACCACAGUGGAAGGCAUUGGGAGCACUAAAACCAGGAUCCACCCGGUCCAGGAGCGAAUAGCGAAGGCGCACGGCUCACAGUGUGGCUUUUGCACUCCGGGUAUGGUGAUGUCCAUGUACACCCUCCUUCGGAAUAACCCUCAGCCCAGCCUAGAGGACAUCACUCAGGCACUCACCGGAAAUCUUUGCCGCUGCACUGGCUAUCGUCCAAUCAUUGAUGGCUGCAGGACCUUUUGUCAGCAGGAAGCCAAUUGCUGUCAACUCAAUGGAGGCACCAACAGUGGCAGCAAAGAAGAAAACCCUGAAGAAACUCCCUUGUUGUUUGACAAGUCACAGUUCCUGCCCAUAGAUCAUACACAAGAACUGAUCUUUCCCCCCGAACUGAUUCUGAUGGCGGAGACCUCCAGCCCUCAAACACUCACCUUUCGUGGGGAGAGGGUCACAUGUGUGUCCCCUGUCCUGCUUGAAGAGCUGGUCCAGCUGAAGACUAGCAACCCAGAAGCUCCACUGAUCAUGGGAAACACUAAAUUAGGUCCGGAUUUUAAAUUCAAGGGCGUUGUGCAUCCAUUGAUUAUAUCACCCAUCCGAGUCUUGGAGCUGUUUGAGGUGACUGAGACCACACAUGGUGUUUGGGUGGGAACCGGGUUCCCACUCUCCGAGAUCUGGGCUAUUUUGAAGAAACUCUGUCGCCAGUUUCCAGAGGAGAAGACAGAGCUUUUCAGAGCGCUGAUCCAACAACUGCGGAAUGUGGGGAGCCAGCAGAUCUGUAAUGUUGCCACCCUCGGAGGACACAUCAUGAGUGCGAAUCCAAAUUCAGACCUGAACCCAAUUCUGGCUGCUGGGAAUUGCAGCGUGAGCACCAUCUCCUCUGGAGGAUGGCGAGAGGUUCCCCUCAAUCAGGAAUUCUUUCUGAGCUUUGGGAAAACGGUGCUGAGGCCAGAGGAAAUUGUGGUCUCUGUGCUGAUCCCUUUUUCCAGAAAGGGAGAACUUGUUCGUGCAUUUCGCCAGGCUCCAAGGAAGGAGUGUGCUUUUGCCACAAUAACAACCGGGAUGCGAGUGUUGUUCUCCGAAGGAUUCAGAGUAGUGGAGGAUGUCAGUAUAUACUUUGGCGGUGUAGGACCAAAAACAGCCAAAGCUGUCCAAACUUGCGCCACUAUUGUUGCACGACCUUGGAAUGCUGAAACCCUGAGCCAGGCUUAUGAGGUGCUCGUGAAGGAGUUUGACUUCCCACCUUCAAUUCCGGGAGGAAAAGCGGAAUUCCGUCGCUCUCUGACGCUCAGCUUCCUCUUCAAAUUCAACCUUGAGGUCUUGCAGAGCCUCAGAAAGAUGAAUGUGAUUGAAAACAUUGUUGUGGAGAAUAUGGAACCACUACCCGGAGAAAUCCAGCUGAGCCAGCAGCAUUUCCAGCAUGUGUCAAAGGGCCAAAGUGACCAGGACCCCGUGGGCCGUGCCAUCAUUCAUAGCUCUGCCAUAAGCCAGGCCACAGGUGAGGCAAUUUACUGCGAUGAUCUCCCAAAGACUGAUGGCGAGCUUUUCCUGUCGCUGGUCACCAGCUCACGGGCGCACGCCAAGAUCAUUAAUGUGGAUGUGAGUGAUGCGCUGCUACUUCCAGGCGUGGUCGAUGUCAUCACAGCAAAAGAUAUUCCUGGGAAGAAAACUCGCAUGUUUUCAGGUUAUGAUGAAGAAAUGCUCGCUCAGACACAGGUGUCGUGCAUUGGUCAGAUAGUGUGUGCUGUUUUGGCGGAUACUAGAGCACAUGCCAGAAGAGCCGCAUCGGCAGUCAACAUCAGCUAUGAAGACUUGUCAGAGCCCAUAUUUACUAUCGAGGAUGCCAUCAAGAGGUCAUCCUACUUUGAGCCAAGGAGGAAGCUCGAAAGAGGAAACGUGGAAGAGGCCUUCAAAAGUGUUGAUCUGGUUCAUGAAGGGGCGAUUCGCAUUGGUGGCCAGGAGCAUUUCUACAUGGAGACUCAGAGCAUACUGGUUCUUCCAGUGAGAGAGCAGGCGGAGUUUAAAAUUUAUGCGUCUUCUCAGUCGCCGACAUCAGUUCAGAUUGCCGUCUCUGAGACGUUGGCCAUUCCAGCCAACCGAGUUAGCUGUCAUGUCAAGAGACUGGGUGGAGCAUUUGGAGGGAAAUUUGUUAAAACCGUGAUACUGGCUUGUAUCACGUCUGUGGCUGCGUGGAAGACUAAUUGUGCAGUCCGCUGCGUUCUGGAGCGAGGUGAGGACAUGCUGAUCACUGGUGGACGGCAUCCUGUGCUGGGAAAAUAUAAGGUUGGCUUCCAGAAAGAUGGAAGGAUCCUUGCGGCAGAUAUCCAAAUUUGGACCAAUGCUGGCAACGCAGUGGAUGUAUCCAUCUUUGUAGCGGAGAAGAUCCUGCUUCAUCUGGACAAUGCCUACAACAUUCCAAACCUGCGUGGCCGAGCUGCCGCCUGCAGAACCAACCUGCCGUCCAACACCUCCUUCCGAGGCUUUGGGGUGCCUCAGGUUGCCUGCGUUAUAGAGAACUUGAUCAGCGAUGUGGGGCUAACGCUACAGCGUCCUGUGGAUCAGGUUCGGGAGAUCAACAUGUACAAAGGGCCGUCACUCACCCACUACAAGGUGGAAUUCAGCCCGGAGAACUUGCUGCGUUGCUGGGACGAAUGUAAGGCCAAGUCGGACUUCUGCUCUCGCCGCAUUGCUGUGGACACAUUCAACGAGCAGAACCGCUGGAAAAAGAGAGGGCUUUCCAUCAUCCCGAUCAAAUAUGGCAUCGCCUUCUCGGAGGGCGUCAUGAAUCAAUCUGCGGCUCUAGUGAACAUCUAUCAAGACGGAUCUGUUUUGGUAACUCAUGGCGGGACAGAGAUGGGUCAAGGAGUCCAUACCAAAAUGCAGCAGGUGGUGAGCCGGGAGCUUCACAUCCCGAUGUCAAAAGUCUACAUCGGUGAAACCAGCACCAACGCCGUUCCCAACACAUUUAUCUCUGCUGCUUCCUUUGGCACUGAUGCCAAUGGCAUGGCCGUCAAGAAUGCCUGCCAGACUCUUUACCAGCGACUGGAGCCAGUCCGACAGAAGAACCCGAAAGGAACUUGGGAGAGUUGGGUCAGUGCAGCCGUUAUGGAGAAGAUCAGCUUGUCUGCUACUGGAUUUUCCAGGGGUCCAGACAGCUAUAUAGACUGGGACAAGAUGGAGGGUCAGCCCUUCCCUUACUUCACGUAUGGGGUCUGCUGUAGCGAGGUGGAGCUGGACUGCCUCACCGGAGACUACAGGACCAUGAGGACAAACAUUGUUGCCGACGUUGGCCAAAGUUUGAACCCGUCCGUGGACAUUGGCCAAAUUGAAGGCGCAUUCAUGCAGGGUUUGGGUCUUUUCACCAUGGAGGAAUUAAAGUUUUCCCCCUGCGGCCUUCUGUACACCCGAGGGCCAUCUCAGUACAAGAUCCCUGCUGUGUGCGAUCUUCCGCUGAGCUUUAACAUCCAUCUCCUCUCUGACUCCAACAAUCCCCAUGCCAUCUACUCCUCCAAGGGUAUCGGAGAGCCCACCCUCUUUUUGGGCAGCUCAGUGUUCUUUGCGAUCAAAGAUGCUGUUGCAGCAGCACGUAAAGAGGUUGGCCUUUCGGGUCCGUUUUCAUUGGACAGCCCAGCUACUGCCGAGAGGAUUUGCCUUGCGUGCGCAUCCCCGUUCGCCCAGGUGUGAAGCUGUCUUCCUCUUAAUAUACAUCAACAAUCAAGAGAAGGAAAUGGGAUGAUUCCAACCCUGGGCUAUAAAGAUCUAAAAGGCUCAGUCAUCUAUUGUGACUCUUGACAGUUAUUUUUUUUUCACCUACAUCUUUAUUAUUUUAAUAACAUACAAGACAAUGUGAGUCUGAUGCAACACUUGAAUACGAAAAAAGAAAACCUUUUCAUGUCCACAUGGAGUUAAUUUUUACAACAUCCAUAUGUAACUACGAAGAAGUUCUAUAAACAAAAAGGCUAGCUCAAGAGCCUUUAUAUGUAUAUAAA